AUGCCGGCUGCAGCAAAUCCCGAAAACGGUGACGAAAAUGCCGGUAAGUGUAGAAAUGUAAUCAAUCUCUUCAUUUCCAUCUGGCUCUAAUCACUUUUUAAUUUGCUUGUUAGAUUUAGCAAUUCGAGUUCAAUAUUAAUUUACUACUGCGUAGAAUAGUAAUUCUAAUCCAGUUCUUAAAAUUUGUGUAUCUAACUCAAACAGUUCCUUUUUUAGUAUCAAAAUUACGAUUUUAGAUUUAGCGUAGGUGUUUUAAGUGUUUUUCGGACCGUCAGCAGGUUUCUUCUCCUUUUUUUACGCCCUCGGGCCAAAGAAAAAUCAAAAACAGACAGAAAACCAAAACUUGGAAUCUCGAUUUGCAAACAUAGAUGUAGCAGAACUCAUAAGCUUGAAUUAUAAUCCGCUCAAAUUUUGUUGUCUAGAAUAAAGGUCAAAAAUAAGUUUCUCGAAAAAAUUGACAGGUUGAUUUUGAUUACGCAAAUUGGUAAAUGUUUUUUCGAAUAACACUUGUGGUAAUAACCCCAAUCUGCCGUCAAGUGAAAUCGGAAGUGCGAGAUCUUGAUAGCGACGAUGAAAUUUGAGAAAUCCGUUUUUUGCACCGGAUCAGAGGUUGGAAUUAAAGCCGCCCGGAGGCUUUGUUUGUCUAAGUCCGUCUCAAGAGGCCGGGUUUACGUGAAUUACGUGAGCUCUAGCCAGGAUGGUGGCCUGGACUGGGGCCUUAUUAGGGGAUUGUGGGAGUCGAAUCUCGGCCGGAGAUAUCAGUCCGCCUUUGAAUCAGAAGCCCAAAAAAUUCGGGGAUUUCCCCGAAUUUACCCAAUCUGGAUACAAUAAAUCGACCAUUUAUCCGUAUCGCCAUAAACUCAACAUCUUUAUUAUUAAUGGUAAUAUGUUGCCUGAUUUCUCUCUAUUCUUCUUUUUCUUCUUUUUAACAGCUUUACUUAACAUUUUCCGAUUAAUUUUAGAAAUCGAGGAACAGCCUGAACCCGAGCCUGUGCCCGGUAUGCAUUUCCGAGUGCAUUAACCCCAUCCUUUUUUGCUUAACAUUAUCUUCUGUUUCUGUAACCAGAAUUCCGUCUUUCAUGUAUAAUACAAUCCGGAUUCAGAACCCCAGGUCGAUGAGACCCCCAACGCCACCAUGGAGACCAAGGUGACCGGCCAGACUGGAGCGCCCAAGCGGGUUGGCCGUUGGACGUUGGCCCAGCUGCGUCAGACCGAUGGAAUCAUCCCAUCUCAGGCGGGUUGGAACAAGGGAGACUCCCAGAAGUUGAUGACCAACUUCGGUACCCCCCGUAACACUUCCACCAGAGUCAAGGCCGAGAACUUGGCCGAGGUCCCAGAAGAAGUCCUUUUGAAGAGCCACGGCGAAGUCCGUCUUCAGUCCGGUACCAACAGAUACGCUUCUCAGCGUGGUAUGACUGGCUUCGGUACUGGUCGUGAUGUCUGCCGUGAGGGAGUCCACGUUAACCAGCUGCCUUCUGACUUGGAGGUGAGCUAGUUGUGCCCAUUUAAAGAUUACUCUUUUCUAGCCCCUGCCAGAAGAGAAGAUCCGUGCUUCUGAUGGUAUCGUCCGUCUUCAAGCCGGUACCAACAAGUACGACUCUCAGAAGGGUAUGACCGGCUUCGGUACUGCUCGUCGUGAAACCACCAAGAUGGUCGACACCAAGCAUCCCGAAUACGACCACGAGCGUCCCGACCAAUCUGAGAUCCCUCUCCAGUCCGGUACCAACAAAUUUGCCUCCCAAAAGGGAAUGACCGGCUUUGGUACCAACAGACGUGAGACCUGCAAGAUCGUGGACACUGCCCAUCCCGACUACAACCCAGAAUCCUCCAUCGACUCCACCCAGAUCCCCUACCAGAUGGGAUCCAACAAAUACGCCUCUCAGAAAGGAAUGACCGGCUUCGGUCAGCCCCGUUGGGAAGUCCUUGACCCCUCCAUCUCUUGGCAAAAUCGCAAGUCCCAAGGAAUGGUUCGUCUGCAAUCUGGUACUAACAGGUCCGUUUCUGACCGUAUAAAUUAUUUGAUUACAAUUAUUACAAUAACUCGAUUAUUUCACCUUGCGUAACAUUGAUUUCAGAUUUGCUUCUCAAGCCGGUAUGAUUGGAUUCGGUACCAUCCGUAACACUACAUACGAAGCCGAAGCCGGCGAACUGCCUUACGAAGACAUGAAGAAGUCCGAAGCCAUCAUCCCAUCUCAGGCCGGAUGGAACAGAGGAGACUCGCAGAAGGGAAUGACCGGCUUCGGUAUGCCCCGUGAUGUGCGUGGCAAGCAUCUGAAGAGAAUCUGGGAGUUGGAGUACCCCGAGGAGGCCGAGAUCUCCCUGGAUCGUCUCUAA